ACGGAGCGAAGCAGUACACAGAGCGAGAGAGAAAGGGAGGUCGAUUCUUGAAGAGGCAAAAGGGGAACGAAUUUCACGAGCUUCAGAUCCACCGAGCGAAGCACCGAGAGAUCUACUUGCCGGCGUCCGUGGAAUGUGCAAGCGGAUCUUCAUCGAAAAGUAGUGCAUUGUGUCAAUCGAAAGAGACUAAAGAAGGGACCGGAAAGCAGCGGCAGCAAUGCAGAGAGCCAUGACAUCGGCGGGUGGAUUGGUGAGAAGGGCCCUGAAGACGCAAGUGAGGAGAGGCGGAGGUGGAGGAGGAAGCUGGUUCGGGCCCGGAACGCAAGAAGGUCCUAACGGAGUUUUGUUUAAUGAGACUCCUCUGGCUCCAGGACAGGUUCGUCGUUGGGAAGAUUGGGAGUUGCCCUACUACUUCACCGGGAUUGCCACCGUCCUCAUCCUUACAGUAGGUUUAUCUGCCAAACCUGAUACGAGAAUUGAAACAUGGGCUCGGAAGCAAGCCCUAGAGCGUUUGGAAGCUGCGGGCUUGGGUGAGGAAGCGGAAGCUUGAUGCAUCGAUGGAGCUUCGAAACCUAUUGUUGGCUCAGCGAUGCAGUUAUGAAAUAGUCUGUUUGCAAAAUCUCAUUUUUUAAGGUUUGUUUAUGCGGUAUGCAUAGCAGCUAUUGAGCGUGCAGAUAAACCCCAUAAUAAUAAUGAAAAGAAACCCUAAAAUUGUGUUUUUUU